AUGGACCAGCACCGCCCCAGUUUCAACAGCGUGGGGCUAGGUCCUCCAUUUCCCCUAGCCAAAUUUGGGGCCGUGCUGCCUUGCGACGUUGUGAUGCAACGUAUAAGUGAUCUCGUGUCGGCGACGGACGACACUGUCCCGGCUUCGAAACCGCGCCGAACGUCCGUGUCGAUACCUCCACGUGCGUCUCUCUCGCGUCAAGACACACUUUGUGAUCCAAGUAUUAAGGACAUGACCAUGACCAAGACCGAAAUGGCGGAAGCGGCGUUGGGGCUGUCGUACCUUGUGUUUACGCUGGUUUUGACCGUGUACUACCUCCGGUUGCUAUCUCCAGUGAUGUUAAACGACCUGUGGUGGGCCGGUUUCAAUUCGUCGGGGGCGCAGUCGUACAUCAUUGACGUGUUCAACAACCAACUCAAUCUAGCCGGCACCGGCUCGAUCGACUUUACAUCCAAAUCGUAUGGUCUGGCCAAGGAUUACUCGACAUUUUACACGCCGAUUGAAGUCGCCACGGCGUAUCCCCUCAUGGCGCUGAAAGGGGGCACCGGGGACCUGGCGGCCGUCAUCGCAGCCCUGCGGGACACCGAUGGCCCCAUUGAUCUACCAACGCAAUACUGCUGGAUCGAUCUCAAUCGAACGUGGGAAGUGGCGCACACGGCGCGGCGGCAGAAGCGAUGCUACGACCGCUACACUGCCAACGGGGGAGUGUACUUUGAGGUCCCCUUGCGCCUCGUGAAUUGGCAAAGUUUCAUGAAAUCGAACGAGUACAACUUUAACCAGACCAUGGGCAACGCAUUGCGCAAAUCUGCCAAAGGUCUCGAAUGGAUUCGUCAAACCACCAACAACGCAUUCAUGGACGUGGCGACUGAAGUCGCGUAUUGGAACAAGAUGGGGAUCACCACGUUUGAGCUUGAAUACAACAACUUGUUCGCGUGGGGGAUGGACGAAAAGAUUUUCGUUCAAAAUGCCUUCGGGGGCAACCAAGCGAUUUCCAUCAAGAACUUGGUAUAUGGAUAUCGAGGAUCGUUGUGGUCCACGGCGAUCAUGUGCUGGGGGCCGUGGAACGACAUGAACAUUUGGGGGGACCAGGGGUUGAGUCUUGUACGCAACGAUCCAGACAACCAGCGCUUUACGCCGCCUUGCAGCUACGCCGACUACACGGCUGACCCCGCUGGUUACGCCUGCGACCCGUGCAAGGCCCCUUGGAACCCCGAGCCUGGCGAUUGCUUAUACAAAGACUUUGAAAGUUAUUUUGGAUUCCCGCCGUUGCCUGGCGUGAAUAUGGUCAGCGCCAACAUCGGGCCGUUCGGGUCUGUCGACUUGUACUUGGUGGCGUUGCCUCCGUCGUUGAAAACACUCGUAUCGACGUUUCAACAGCUUGUAACUGUGUUGGCUCAAUCCAACGAUGAAUUCAACAAGGCCUUUAUGGCCAUUCCUGGCUACAAUGCAGACCCCGUCCCUCCAUCGUGGACGAACAUCCAGUACUUGUACAUGGGCGGCGACCCCUCGUGCCCCGUUCGCCAAGGCCUUCCAUACGUCCAGUCGUCCUUUUCAUUUGACGCAUCCUGCUCCGAGCAAGAACGCCACACGGUUCUCUUGAACAAAUUCAACAUGCUGUUUGCGUUGGUAUCAUCCAACUUGCAGUCGCCAGUCGACGCGGCCGCUAUUUGCUCCAUGUGUCCGUUGUUGGCCGCUGUAUGUUCGUCAGUCGUGACCUCCGCUGCGACUGCACUCACCAUCCUCAUCAAAGACUACACUGCCAAAGAAGCGUUGCAGGGUCAGAUCAACGCGGUCCGCGCCGACAUAGCCGCGCUGGGGGUGGGCACAAUUCAGCUUGCCGUCGAUACCACCGACGGCAAUGAUGCGUUCCUAUCGCAAACCCUCCUCACGACGGCGCCAGCCGCGUGGGAUGUCUUUGGUUGGGUGUACCUAUUUGAAUGGGCAGUGGGGGUGCGGGAAGUCGUGUCGUUCGAAGGCGAUUCCAACACGUUGUCCCUCGUCUCCAACAAGUAUGCGCCUGUGAUCAACCAGGCCCAUGCGUUGGAAGUGCCCAAGAGUGCGUGCCAGUACCUGUGGGUCGUCUCCGUCGUUGUCAGUGCCAUCUUGGUCUCUGUGGGGGCUAUUUUCACUGGAUACACGGUCCUCGUUCGGGUUCGUAUUGUCGGUCGCAACCUCUUUCGCUUCAAUCGCAUCGUGGGGGCCGUUUGGCUGGGCCGGCCGUUGCUCUUGGUGCGCGGCAUGACGGCAGUGGUGCUCCUGAGUACGUCACCACUGACGUUUGGGGUACACCACGGGUACACCCAAUUUGAGUUUACACCUCGAACGUUCAUCGAAAGCAUGAUUGUAAGCGGUGAAGCCAUGUGGAUUUCGUACGUGAUCAACGAUAUCCUGUUGCUUUUGAGUGGAAACGCCCCGCCGUACUUUGCGCCCAUCAGCACGGGGGUCGGCUGGAUCAUCUACUUCGUCUACGAUGUCGCAAGUCCGUACCGCAUCACCGCUAGUAUCAACCGAAAGUGCGAGGCCGACUACAGGUUAAUGCGAUUGUCUUGUGAAAGCGGUCAGAUUGAGCUGGGGAGCUCCUCCCGAGCUAUCACCCUGGUGAUCAUUCAACUGGCGUGCAUUUUCGGGUCGUUUGUCGGCGUCAAGCUUUGGCAAUGCAACCGACCGUCCAAUUCGCAAGGUAUGAACGGCCAUCUGUUGCUAUCUGGCACAGCCAUGGCGUUUUUGCGCAAAGACACGCUAGCCGGGGGAACGUGGGUGGUGGACCGCGCGUCUUGUGUCAUGUGCGGCCUACUGACGUUUGGGUCGUACUUUUUCGACUUAAAGCUUUGGCUCUUGGUCCAAGACCCGCAAGCGACGAGAACUGUCAAGUGGGGAAAGAAGGUGUUUCCUCCCCCACAACUGAACAAUGCCCAUCGCCGCGAAUCUAUCCAAGUCAAAUCCGCUCCAACCCAAUCCCUGUCUCCUUUAGAGUCUUCGUUCAUCAAAUCAGCGCCAGCCAACCGCAUCGUUGCCAUCGCGGGACUGUUUUACGUGUUUGCGACCAUCUUUGGGAGUGUCACGUACUUGAAAUUGACCUCAACGAAUAUGGCCAACGAUUUCUGGUGGGCCAACUACAACGCGUCGCGAGAACAUGCAUUUGUGGCGAAUUUGUACAACCAGCAAUUGGUUCUACGCCCGAAAGCAGGAGCGGUGGCGUUGGACGAUUCCAAAUUUAUCGGCGAUGCAGACUACAACAUGUCGCUGCCAACGGCCGUGGCGGUGCUGAUGACGCCCCUGUACGUGACACGUGUCAAGGCGACGGACGGAUCGGACGUGGCCACAGUCGUGCGCGGUCUCCGCAACAUGGACGCAUGCUUGGCGCCGUGGAUUUCCACGCAGUACUGCUGGCUAAACUUUGAAAAGACGUGGGAAAUGGCCAACUCGGCCAAACGACAACUCCGGUGCAAUCAAAACUACACGGCCAACGGCGCAGUCUACUUGGAAAGCAUGCUGCGAAAUGUGAAUUGGAAUCGUUUGGCCUCGUGCUGGGGCACUUCGCUGACGACUGCGUUCGCAGCGCCGCUGAGCCAAGUCGACAAGGGCUCGCAGUGGUGGAACACGGUCAAGGCCACGCGAGUGUCGGAAUCGGACGAAGUCAAACACUGGACGUCGUUUGGAGUUACAGCAUACAAAGUCGACUGGCAAAACUACAAGUCUGUAGGGAUCAUCGGCACGUUCAACAUCCACAACGCGUUUGGGUUGUCGUACCCCAUGACCCUCAAGUACACGAACGGCACGUUCAAGCUGACGUCUCAAACGAGCAUGAAAAUGUACUGGACGUUCGCAUCCGAUCUGUGGGCGGUCACCAGUGCCACGAGCAACAUGGGGGGAGCCAGCUUGAUUCGAAAUACCCCCAACUUUGCAUUCGCUACACAAUCGAUGGAAACCAUUCUGGUAGGCAACGGAACCAUCCAACAACCGUCGGCCUUGACGGGAGACACGUACGGUGCGUUUCGCAACGUGAUUGGGCCGUUCGGCUCGGUCGACGUCAAGCACAUGCCCCCACCACCGUCGCUGACGGCGCUGGUGCUUCAAGUGCAAGAUGACAUUGCCAUCAUGCGAACCAAAUCCAAAGCGUUAAGCGUCACCUUUUCCCUAUUGAGUGCAAAGAUGGAAGCGAAUUACGUCCCGGCGUCGUGGAUAGAUGCGGGGUACGUGUAUACCGUGGGUGGAAACUUGCUAUGCAGCUCCGUGUCGGCCUCAGCCUUGGGUGAAGGAGUGUACCUGUAUACUGGUGCCGAGUCAGCGUGCGGGCUAGGGAUGGGCGAGUUUCUCACGACACCGCCGACGCACGCGCGCCUGAUCGCAUCUGUCGGCGCCAACAUCGUCCGGCCAGACGUGACCACCAACGAAUCGAACGCCAUCUGCACUCAAAUCAAGUCCUUCUCCAACAUGUGCUUGUCCGAUUUCAUUCAAGCCCCCACCGCGUUUCUGCUCAACACCACGUUGUUCCCCGAUUCGUCUGUCGUGACCAAGUGGAGAGCGAUGGCUGUAUCUGUCCAAGAAGAAAUCCGCGUCCUGGACGUCAACAUUGCCCAAUAUGUGAUGAAAACACCCGAGUCCAACAUAACCCUAGUUCGCCAAAACCUUUUUGACUCGGCAUUACCUGCCUUCCACUACAUUGGAUGGCUGUUGGCGUACGACUGGGCGAUUGCUGCGCGCGAAGUGAUGUCGUUUCAAGGCGACGUUGGUUCCAUCAAUGUCAUCACAACGACGAUCGUGGACCUCGGCAGUCUGGUGAACCCGUUGGAAAUACCAGUCAACGUCGCCUACUACAUCCGGUACGCAUGCGUGUACGUGACAUGCAUCAUGAUUUGUGUCGCGGCGUUGGCCAUGAUCUACCUAUUGGCGAAUCGCGGCUAUGUCGAAGGGCUCAACUUGUUUGAACUGAAUCGAGUCGCGGGAAUCGUUUGGAUUGGACGAACGUUCGUGUUCAUUCGAAGCAUAGCAGCCAUCAAUCUGCUCAGUACUCAAGUCCUGCAACUGGAGCCUCUCAAUCUUGUGUACCACUUCGUGUCGACCAACGCCGUCGUGGGCGAAACCGCAACGGACCAAGCCAUUCGGCACUUCAAGACGUUCCUGGCCGCGUCCGAGGUGUCGUGGCUCGUGUUUGUCCUCAAUGACAUCCUCAUGGUUCUGACCCAACAAUACACGACAGCGUACAUCGUCAAGUGCAAUUUCAUGGUGUGGGGGCUCUCCGCCAUCCUGUCGUUUGCGUCGCCAACAACCCACACAGCGAGUUUGGACCGCAAGUGCGAGUUUACUCAAGUGGAUUAUCAACUUGUCUGCUCCAACGGGACCAUUGCCAUUGGAAGCUUUGUUCGGUUCAUGACACUGGUGGGUAUUUGCAUUGGAUCCGUGCUGCUCUGUUACUUGUACGAGCGAAUUCGACACCCGUCGCUGCCGCCACCAAACCAAAACUCGCUGUUUCUGGCGUCGUCGGCCAAAUUUGUGUUUGACCCACAGCGUUGGAUUGCCCAAGAGGUGUAUUACAUUGACCCAGCGUCGGCAGUCAUCAAUGGCAUCUUGUCCAUCCGCUCCAAGAACACAUUUUACAUUUUCGACUUAAAGAUUUGGCGGCUGUUUGUGAUUGAAGAGCCUGUGGAAAAACGACAGUGCCUCGAACGCGACGGCGAACUCCACUUGUUGUCGGCCAUUCCGUUGAACGAUUGAGUCGAUAGUUCUUGAUUUGCAUAAAGUCAAAAAGCCAGUUUCAUAUUUGACAUUUUUC